AUGAUGUCCACUAAGGUCAUUCAAGAACUGAAGGAGCUGCCCUUGAACACAGUCGAGGAUGCGCAGAAGUUUUUCUCCAUUGUAGAUGAUGUAAAAGAGCAAGGUGUCGCGCUUCCACCCAUUACCCAUAUGUUUUUUGCACGAGUUGACUCGGGCCUUCACUUCGAGCCAUACCACAUUCGCACAAUAUGUCGUGAUAAUCGUCCGAUGAACUACUACGUUGUGACAAAGGGUCACGUUAUUCACGUCGAUCGGCGCAAUGGGGAGUACAAGGUAGUCGCGACCUUGGAACAGUGGCUGUUAGAAGCAAAGUGCUUCAACAGAAUCUGUAAAAUUGCUUUUUUCAGAAAUUACAUUCGUCACAAAGCUCUCCUACGCCUCCUAGAGAGUGCGCGCCGCACAAAACUUGAGAGAAUUCGUGCCAUUCUCUCAAAACGACUUCUAUUGGCGACGCCGACGUUCCAAAAAGAUCUGAUUGCACUGAGGAGAAAAGCAUUUGAUUUUCAGUGGACCCCAGCCACAGAAGGCUUCAAAAAGGUCCUUUCUUUGCAAAUCAGCGGUGAAAAAGGCAAUAUUGCCGGGUUCUCAACCGACGAGUUUGUCGAAAUGCAGGAUGAUUACGGGAAAUUGCUCCAGCGGAAAUUUGCAUCUCUCCUGCUAGACAUUUUGAGUGUAGUCGUGGAGCGCGUGGAAAACGUCACACAGCUUCUCUCGACAAUGCGAGUAAUCGAAAAAUACCCAGGUGCUACCGGAUGCGUCAACAAAGACGUAACUGCAAAGGAGCUCCACAAGCGGCAAAUGGAGCAAAAGCGGCUGGUCGUAGAUUACGAAAAGCUUCCUUCUUAUAUUCGACUGGUACAUCAUUUUCAGCUCGAAAGCACGUUUCAGCAGGCAUGCUCUACUUUUUUCGACCUGGAAGGCGCAGUGCGAAGGCGAGCGGCAAUUCUGCGUUGGCGGUUUCGGGUGGAAUGCAUAGUCGAGGGCCGCAAGGAGCUUUCUCUGUUUCCGUCAAAAGAGCAUGUGACGAAAACGGCUGAAGCAGUCAUGGACAAAUGCAUCGAUUUGCUCUCCGGUGCACCGACGUGCGUCGGGUCUGAGGCUCUGAAGCCGUUUACCACUAUGAUUCAGACAGCCACUGUGCGCAGUGCGCUGCUCGGCGAUGCCCUCAUCUCCGUCUACAAAAAAGAAGUCCUCCAGUUCAUUGAGGCAGACUACGAUGAGGCAAAAAGCAAGCUGUCGUCCUACGAGCCGCUUGUGACCGUGUCGCAAUUUUUAGCCGAGUGGCAGGACGUGUCAAUGAACUGGGACAGCACUCUGUCGCAUGAAAAUUCGCUUUUGGUGUCCAUAACAGAGUCCGAAAUUCGUGGCUACGCAACCAGAGCUUACAAAGCACAAAGCGAAAUUAUGAAGCUGUCGAAUCGAACCUACGGAACAGUUGUCGUUGAAUGUGACAAGACACUGCAAAAGCUGGUUGCUCAGCUGAAAGGCGUCCUGGUCGACAUCGAAGCAGCCCUGGGGCAGCUUAUCAAGUUGAAUUUCCGUUACUUGAAGGCAGAGUGCGAUUUCUGGGUGGGAAAGCUCAGCCUUCCAGACAUAGCCCUCGCUCAAUUCAUCAAUUGGUAUUUAGGACUGCAAGAUUCGGGGUCCAUUUUCGAUGAAUUCUCCAACCAUGUGGUGGAUAUACAAAAUCUACAUCGAUUGCUAUGUGAGUUGCGCGAAAAAUCCAACGCAGGCGUUAUUAAUGAUGAGGUAGAUUACUCGUCCGUCUUGCGCGCUCCGUUCCAGUGCGCAGUAACCGAGGCUCGAAAAUACUACCUUUCGAAUUCUAGCAGGAUCAAGGAAAUGCUGCUUGCCGAGCACACCCGCAUCAUCGCGUCGGUCACAAGCACGACAAAGCGACUGGCGAGCGAGUACAGCAAUGAAAACGCAAACGAAAUUGGUGCGCCGGUUACGCAAAAGCUGGAGGAUGUUCGCGAUGAACUCGUGCAGGCAAAUAGUGAGGCAAGGCAGCUGGACAUGUAUGCACGAGUUUUAGAAAUGCAGACCUUCAACUGGUCGGAGAUCGCUGUGGCCGAGGACGAACUCCAAAAAUAUGUGGAGCUAUGGAAUGUGCACAAGGAAGCCACCGAUUUGCGGCACCGGCUUGAGGCAAAGACUGUCGAAGAAAUUGACGGUCAAGAGCUGAAGGACACAAUAGUUUCAUUGUUUCAGCGCGCAUUCAAGGCGCAAAAAAAUACCCCGGGCUGCACUGCCAAUUAUUUAGUAAAGUCGCUUGCGGUUGAAAAGGCGAAUGUGCCCAUGUACGUUGAACUGUGCAACCCGGCGUUGAAGGAAGCGCAUUGGUUACAGCUGUUUCAGCAUACGAGCAUACAACUCAUUCCCUCCGCAAAGCGCACGCUGCGUUCCUUGGAGGCGGCCGGUCUCAUGACAAACGAGCACUCAGCAGCUGUGCGUGAGGUUGUUUCCAGUGCCGUAGGCGUUUACGAGCUGGAGCAGCAGCUCAAGAAGCUGCAGGACUAUUGGGCAAACCACUUGUUUGUGGUUGUUCCCUACGGCGGGCGGUCCAACGCGUUCGUCGUGGACGCCGUUGACGCAACGCUGGAGGAGCUCGAAGAGCAGCAAAUCGUGGUGCAGACGUGUCUUACCUCCAAGUACCUUGCCCCUGUCCAGACGGAGAUGAAGGAGUGGGAAGCUAAGCUUAGUUUAAUUCACUCCGUUCUCAUGGAGUGGGUUGGAGUGCAGAAGGCAUGGAUGUAUUUGGAGUUUAUCUUCACGAGUGACGACAUUAAGCGCCAGCUCCCGGACGAGUCUCUUCUGUUCUCUUCCGCCGACCGCUUUUUCGGCUCACUGAUGAAGCGCUGCUCCGAAGACCCACAUAUGGCGCCGCUGUGCCUAGAGGGUAACGGCGACACCCUGAAGAAGCUGCAAAAGUGCACCUACCAGCUGGAGUGCAUUCAGAAGAAGAUCGAUGAAUACCUUGAGACGAAGCGUGUGGCAUUCCCGCGGUUUUACUUUCUCUCGAAUGACGAGCUGCUGUCGAUUUUGUCUGAUUCUCGCAACCCGCUGGCAGUGCAGCCGCACUUGCAGAAGUGUUUUGAUAACAUCAAGGCGCUGGUUUUCGCGGAUGACAAGACGAUUGUGGCCAUGCGGAGCUCUGAGGGUGAGGAAGUGCUGUUCACGCAUCCCGUCAAAGUGAUAGGCAACGUGGAGAGCUGGCUGAACGAUGUCGAGCGCGCGAUGCGGGCGACGCUGUUUGAUUGCCUGGCCGCGUGCCUGCGUGCGUACACGACAGAGCACCGAACAAAGUGGUUUUUCGAGCACCCGGCGCAGUGUGUGACGACAGUGGACCAAAUCAUGUGGACCAGGGAGGUGGAAGAAGUCAUCACGGCGACCGGCAGCGGGGAUUCUUCUGCGUGGUCGUCGUAUCAGGACCGCUUUGGCGAGCAGCUUCUCCAGACGGUGGAGCUCGUGAAGCUUUCUCUGACUGCGUUGCAGCGCACCGUAGUAUCCAACCUUAUAGUGGUUGAUGUGCACUGCCGGGACGUUUGCGCGGAGCUGGCAGCUGACUCCGCUAGCGCGGCGCCACAUCCGUGCAGCUCACUGCUCGAUUUCGGGUGGCAGAAGCAGCUGCGUUUCUACUACGGCCCACCGACUAGCGCGCAUGGGUCCGGCGGUGUUGCAGAGAUGGCCGACUGCUUUGUUCGGCACGGCGCGGCGGAGCUCCCCUACGGCUACGAGUACCUUGGCAACCAACCGCGCCUCGUCAUCACUCCUCUCACAGAGCGCGCCUUCUUGACGUGCACGGCGGCGUUACACAUGCAGAAGGGAGCUGCGCCGCAGGGCCCGGCCGGGACCGGCAAGACGGAGUCGGUCAAGGAUUUGGGCAAGGCUCUUGCUCGAACCGUUGUUGUGUUCAACUGCUCCGACGGUCUUGACUACCGCAUGAUGAGCCAAAUGUUCGCAGGGCUGGCGCAGGCCGGCGCGUGGGCGUGCUUUGACGAAUUCAACCGUAUUGAGCUGGAAGUGCUCUCCGUGGUGGCUCAGCAGAUGCUCGACAUCACCACUGCCAUCACGCAGAGGCAGACGUUUAUGAAGUUCGAGGGCCAUCACAUCAAGCUGCACACCAACUUUGGCGUCUUCAUCACCAUGAACCCCGGCUACGCCGGGCGCACGGAGCUGCCCGACAACCUCAAGGCUCUCUUUCGACCCGUGUGCAUGAUGAUUCCAAACUACGCCCUCAUUGCCGAAAUUAUGUUCUACGCCGAAGGCUACGGCAAGGCGCAGUCACUCGCGGCCAAAAUGAUUCGGCUUUACUCGUUGGCGUCGCAACAGCUGUCGAAGCAGGAUCACUACGACUUUGGCAUGCGCGCUGUCAAGAGCAUUCUCGUCCUUGCCGGGCGACUGAAGCGCGCUGACCCGGAUUCGGAUGAAGAGCUGCUGCUCGUGCGUGCCAUUCGCGAGGCGAACCUGCCCAAAUUCCUCGUGGACGAUCGUCACCUCUUCAUGGCGCUGCUGCACGACUUCUUUCCUACCAUCGUGGAGGUGGCCCCGGCAUCGGUCAGUGAGGUUAUUCUCAGCGAGGCGAAAUGCUUCUUGACAGAGGAGCUUGUGCACACGUCUCUGUCCAGCCCUGAGGCUCAGAUGCGGCUGCAGCCCACGGAGGGGUUGCUUUUCAAAACGCAGCAGCUGUUCGACACGCUCAUGACUCGUCAUGGAUUGAUGCUGGUGGGCCACACCAUGACGGGCAAGACGACGGUACGCGACACACUUGCGUCGGUGUUGACGCGCCUUGGGCGGGUGCUGGACACGACCCCUGUCCCGGGAGCCGCGGGUGGCGAUAGCGGCAACGGCAACCCAGGUGCCAAAGGCGGGCUGGCCGGGACGCGGAGGCACACCCUUGCCGCUUCCAUGCGUGCGCUCGAUGCGCGGUGUCAGUCGUACUUCACCACCACCCACGCCACGGUCUGCAACCCGAAGGCAAUUUCGAUGACGGAGCUAUACGGCGACGUGAAUCCCCUCACCCGCGAGUGGCAGGACGGCGUCUUCUCUGCCAUCGUGCGCGAUCUGGUCAAGCAGAGCGCAGCGCAGCACGGGCGCGCGGCGACGCGGCACUGGGUCAUCUUCGAUGGCCCGGUGGACGCCGUGUGGGUUGAGAACCUCAACACCGUGCUCGACGACAGCAAGAUGCUCUGCCUCGUGAACGGUGAGCGUAUUCGCAUCCCUGACACCAUCUCGCUCCUUUUCGAGGUGCAGGACUUGCGUGUCGCGUCACCUGCUACAGUGUCGCGCUGCGGCAUGGUCUACGUGGACGAGGAGUGCGUUGACGGUGGAUGGUCGCCGCUGCUGCACAGCCUUUCCCAGGCAGCCGCUCAGGAGCUGAGGGCGCAAUGGCACCACGACCGCUUCCUGCAGCUUUGCGGGUCUCUCGUGCCGCCCCUGCUGCAGGUCGUUCGAGAGGAGUGCACGGAGUACAUCGCCACUUGCAACGCGCAGCUGACGCUGAACCUCUUCUACUUGAUGAAGGCAGCUGUGCAGCACCUCCAGGGCGUGAUCGACGAGGAUCGGCAAGAGCAGCAAAAACAGCUGCGCGAUGACGCGGCCGCGCUCGUGCUCGACUCCGGUGUGUCGCGGCCGUCCAUCGACUCCACAUUCCGGCGCUUUUCUCGCCGCCGCAGCUCGCGUGUCACGCGCACUGCCGUCCUCGUGCGCGGAGAUGCCAUCUUCGACGCGCUGUUUUUGCAAAGCUGUGCCUGGGGUCUUGGCGGAAACCUGACGGAGACCACGCGCGCACGCUUCGCAGCAGCGAUGCUGCCGCUGGUCCGCAAAGGGGCGCUCAACUUCCCCGCGGACGCUGAGGCCGAGGGAUGUGGUGUGUUCGACUAUGGCGUUGACUACGAGAUCGGCGACUGGCGGCGGUGGUCAGAGAUGGUGCCGGAGUUCCACUACAACGCCAGCGUCCCCUACUUCGAUCUCCUCGUGCCGACGGAGCAAACGGCCGCGCUGCAGUAUCUCUUGCGCAGCGCCACAACCACCCAUCAUCACAUGCUGCUGAACGGCUUGACGGGCACCGGCAAGUCGUCCACGGUGAACAGCUUCCUGUUGCAGACUCUGCACACCGAGGACGCCGCGAGCUCGACGGCGGCCUUCCGCUUCACGCUGUCUGCCCAGACCUCCGCGCAGGCGCUGCAGAACACAAUUGAGAUGAAGCUGACGCGGCGCAAAGGCGACCGCGAGUUUGGCGCUCCGUCCGGCAAGACCAUGAUGAUCGCCGUCAUCGACGACUGCAAUGUGCCGCAGCUGGAGGAGUACGGGGCGGCGCCGCCUGUGGAGUUGCUGCGGCAGAUGAUUACGCAGGGCGGCUUCUACGAUCGCAAGCGGCUCUUCUUCAAGGAGGUGGUACAGACGAUGCUGAUAGCUUGCUGUGGCGAGCCAGGCGGCGGCAAGAACGAGAUGACACCCCGCUUCACAUCGAAGCUGCUCUGCUUCUGCGCCCCACAGCUAACGGAAACGUCGAUGAGGUCCAUCUUCUCCGCCAUCUUGAAGGGCUUCUUCUACGCGCGCGGCUUUGCGACCGAGGUGGCCGCGCUGGCGGACGCCGUAGUCGACAGCACCCUGGAGGCGUAUCGCCGCAUCGCGGUGGAGUGUUUGCCCACCCCAGACAAGACACACUGCACUUUCAACUUGCGCGACGUCAGCAAGGUGUUUCAGGGCAUUCUACAGAUCAAGCCCGCUCACUGCGCAUCCCCCCAGGCCCUCAUCGACCUCUGGAGCCACGAGGCGUCUCGUGUCUUCCACGAUCGCCUGAUCGACGACACCGAUCGCGGCUGGUGGUGGCGCUGCUGUGCCGAGGUGAUCGAGAAGCACUUCUGCGGUGAUGUCACGGCCGCAAACGCAGACGCGGCCGACACAGAUGCUGCCCAGCCCGUGCCAUCUCCACUGCCCGCCCCAGAUCCUGCACAGCUCGCGACCAUCUUCUACGGUGCGUGGGUCAACCGUGAUUACCAGCGCAUUGGCCAAGACACGUCGCUGCAGGUGGUGGCGCAGCAGCACUUGGCCGAAUACAACACGCAGAGCACCACACCCAUGAAUUUGGUCUUCUUCGACCAAGCGGUGCAGCACUUGUCACGCAUCUGCCGCAUUGUGAGCCAGCCGCGCGGCCAUGCGCUGCUCGUCGGCGUCGGCGGAAGCGGCCGCUCAUCGCUCUGCCGCCUCGCCGCCUUUAUGAUGAACAUGGACGUGCAAACAGUCCACAUCGCACGCAACUACGGCAUCGAGGAGUUCCGAGACGAGGUGCGGAAGGUGCUGCUCGAUAGCGGCGCACGGGGCAAGGAAGUGGUUUUUGUCAUCUCGGACUCGCAGCUAGUGCACAGCGAGAUGCUGGAGGACAUCAACAACCUUCUUAACACUGGCGAGGUGCCGGGGAUGAUGGGACUGGAGGACAUGGAGACGGUUGUGCGGUGCUGCCGCGAGGCGUCGCUCGCCUCCGGUCGCCCCGACACGCGCGCCAGUGUGUACGAGUACUUCGUCUCACAGAGUCGCGAGCGGUUCCACCUGUGCCUGUGCAUGUCCCCGAUGAGUGGCGUCUUCCGCGAUCGGUUGCGCAUGUUUCCUGCGCUGGUGAACUGCACUACGAUCGACUGGUUCUCGGAGUGGCCGCAAGAGGCACUCCGCGCCGUGGCGCAGUCGACGCUCUCGAGUGCUGCUCGAGAUGGCGCCGCGGGGCCCGGCACAGACCAGCUGAGCGCUCUCAUGGUCUUGCUGCAGUCCACCGUCAAGGAUGCGGCGGAGCGACUGUACGCGCAGCAUCGGCGGCGCACUCACGUGACCCCGACCAGCUACUUGGCCGUGCUCACGCUGUACAACACGAUGGGCCGGCGACUGCGGCGCGAUCUGCAGGCCAGCGCCAACCGCUACCGUAACGGACUGAAGAAACUCGACACGGCGAAGUCGACGAUUGCGCAGCUGCAGCAGCAGAUCCGCGAGAUGCAGCCUGGACUGGCAGCUGCGGCGAAGCAGGUGGAGGAGCAGAAGCAGACACUAGCUGUGGAGCAGCUCGAGGCGAAUCAGAUGAAGGAGGCGCAGUCCAAGGAGGAGGCGACGGCGCUGCAGCUCAUGAAUGAGGCGGAGUCGAUCCGCCGUGAAUGCGAGGAGGGGCUGCAGCAGGCGUUACCGGCUCUCGAGGCGGCCAAGCAGGCACUUGAGACGCUGAGCGCGAAGGACAUUCAAGAAAUCAAAACCUUCACGACGCCGCCGAGCAACGUGGAGAAGACGAUGAAUGCCGUGCUUGUGCUGCUGGGCGAGAAGGAUGGCUGGGCGAGCGCCAAGGCAUGCCUCGGAAAGCUCGACUUCAUCUCUCGAUUGACAGGAUACCCACGUGACUCUAUCACCCCCGCAUGCAUUCGCAAGCUCGCUGUAUUCGUGCAGGAUCCUGACUUCGUGCCGGACAUCAUCGAGAAGACGUCGCUGCCGUGCCGAUCCAUGUGCAUGUGGGUGCAUGCCAUGUAUAAGUACUACUUUGUCGCCAAGGAGAUUGCGCCGAAGCGUGCGCGGCUGGCAGGGGCAGAGGAGAAGGUGGAGGUGGCACGCAAGGAGCUGCAGGCGAAGCAGGUGGCUUUGCAGAAGGUGCUCGACCACAUUAGCGACCUACAGGCUGCGGCUGCUGCGGCGCAGGAGAAGGCAGAUCACUUCCAGCGACAGAUCGAAACCGCCAUGGCGCGACUCGUGCGCGCCGAUCAGCUCAUCUCCGGACUCGCCUCCGAGCGUGUGCGUUGGAAGGAGGCGCUGGCGAAACUGGAGACGCAGCUGGGCUGCGUGGAGGGGACUGCGGCGCUGGCCGCCGGCUGCGUGGGCUACCUCGGCCCUUUUCCGCUGGACUACCGAGAGGUGCUGGUGGAGCGGUGGCGCUCGGAGUGCACGGCGCUGCACAUCCCCUUCGACGCCACCUAUUCCCUCGAGGGCUUUGAGACGGAGGCGACGGUGCAGCAGUGGGCACUACAGUCCCUGCCGCGUGACACGUACUCCAUUCAGAACGCUACGAUCCUACACAGGACGACGCAGUGCUGCUACAUGAUCGAUCCGCAGGGGCAGGCGAAUGCAUUCGUGCGAAAGUUGGAGCGCAGUCGCUCAAGCGGCGCUGCAGGCCUGCUGCAGCUGAAGCUGAACAGUCCGAACUUUAUGCGGCAGAUAGAAAACGCCGUGCAGAAGGGACAGGCGGUGCUUCUGGAAGAUGUUGGUGAGACACUCGACGCAGCACUGGAUCCGAUUCUGCUGAAGCAAGUGCGCCGCGUGGCUGGUCGCGAUGUCGUCACACUUGGCGACCGCGAGGUCACCUACGACGACCGUUUCCAUCUGUACAUCACGACGAAGCUCGCGAACCCCGUGCUGACGCCGGAGCUGCAGGUGAAGCUGACGGUGAUCGACUUCACGGUGACGCGGGAGGGGCUGGAGGAGCAGCUGCUCGCCGACAUUGUCGGCUCAGAGCGGGCGUCGCUGCAGCAGCGCGGUGACCGCUGCGUCAUCUCGAUCGCGGCGAAUCGCGAGGAGAUUGCAGCCCUCGAGGCGCAGGUGCUGCAGCAGCUGAGCGACGCCACCGGUGACGUCCUGGACAAUGCCGAGCUGAUUCAGGCGCUGCAGACCUCGAAGGUGACGUCCGAGAAGAUCGGCGUCGAGCUGGCCGCGGUAGAAGAGACGAACAAGACGAUCAAUGCCACCCGUGACGUGUACCGCCCGCUGGCGGUGCGCGGCUCUCUGCUGUACGGCGCGAUUACGCAGAUGGCCAAGGUGGACCCCAUGUACGACUACUCGCUGCCCUUCUUCAAGAACCUGGUCGUCUCCGUCUUGGCCAGCACGCGGCGCCAGCGACCGCAAUUGCAGCAGCCGCAUCGCCCGUCCUCGAUCCCCGCCUCGUCCAUGAUGCUCGGCAACGGCAGCCUGCAUGAAAGAGAGGCGCAGAACUGCCACGUGAGCCUUGCGCCGACAGACAGCAGCCAUGGCCUGCCUGGCGCGAGUGCUGAGGAGGAAGAAGAGGCUGCUGCGGCGAUGUCUGAGGCCGAGGUGGAGGCGCGCGUCGUGAUGCUCGUAGAAGAGGUGACGUGGAUGAGCUACCGCGUUCUGUGCCGCGGUCUCUUCGGCCCCCACAAGCUGCUCUUCAGCUUCGUGCUAGCAACGACGCUUCUACGCAGCACGGGCCAGAUUACAAAGGAGGAAUGGGAGUUGUUUCUCUGCGGCGGGGCGGGACGGGCGCUGCCGCCGGCCUUUGCUGCCGCCGGCGGAGAGGGCAGCGACGGUGCGACGGUGCAGCGCCCUGGGUACGUGUCAAGUGGAACCUGGGUCGACUUUGGCGCCAUUUGCGGCCUUGAGGCUUUUGCUGAGGUGUAUGAGAGCUUCAUCGCAUCCUUGGCGGACACUUCCGACCUCGGCGACGCGGAUCUUUCUGGUGACAGACCACUGCCGUGGACGGCGUGGUUUACCGAGACCUACGGCGCGGAGGUGCUCACUCGUCUGCCGGCGUCUUUGGCUCACCUGUCGUUGUGGCACCGCGUGCUGGCUGUGAAGAUCCUUCGGCCGAACAAGUUCCACUACAUGGCGGCUCAGCUCGUUGCGGACACGCUGGGGCAGCGCUACACCAUCGCUCCUCCCUUUGACCUCGAGGAGGCCUUCCUGGACAGCACCAAAAUGACGCCGAUCAUCUUCAUUCUUUCACCCGGCGCGGACCCGACAUCGCUGUUCCUCAGCUUCGCAGAGGAGCGCGGGUUUUCCGGACGCAAGCACAUGCUCUCUCUCGGGCAAGAUCAAGAUGUGCGUGCCACACAGAUGAUCCGGGAGGGGCAGCGCGAGGGCGCCUGGGUGUACCUGCAGAACUGCCAUGUGUACGCAUCAUGGAUGCCGCAGCUGCAGGCGCUCGUCGAGAGCAUGAACCCGAGCGAAAUACACGCCGACUUCCGACUCUGGCUGACCAGCAACCCAUCACCGAGCUUCCCUCCACUGGUGCUUCAGGCAGGCCUGAAGCUCACACAGGAGCCGCCGAUGGGGCUACGGGGAAAGGUACUGAGCACGUUGCGGAGUACCGUGGUGGCGGAUGUUUGGGCCGCCACUGCUUCUGCCGCGGACGUCGGGAACGCCGACUCCAACGACGCCUCCGUCUCUGCGUCGUCGCCGGCCGUCUUGCGAGGCGGGCAUCCCUCCAUCGAGUUGCAGCGACUUGUCUGGACACUCGCGUUCUACCACGGCACUGUGAUGGAGCGACGACGCUAUCGCCCGCUCGGGUGGAAUAUCUCCUAUGACUGGGGCAUGGCUGACUUCGAGGCAGGGCUGGCGACGCUGCAGACGGCUCUUGAUCGCUGCAAAGACGGCGGCGCAGGUCUGCCGACCGAGGAGUUGUGCUACAUGCUCGGCACGAUUGACUUCGGCGGACGUGUGACGGACGAGUGGGAUACGCUGUGUCUGCAGGUACUGACGCGCCGCUUCUUCGACACGGAUGCUCCAGGCACGACGUUGCAGCAGAAAUCACCGCAAGACGCCAUCACGCCACCUCCGUUCCCCAAGGAUGGUGUUAGUUAUGCAGCGCUGCUGCAACUCGCCGAGGCGGCCUUCACCGUUGGCCGGGAAAGUCGAAAAGACGGCGAUGGGGAGGAUGAGAGCGGGGAGAGUCCUGCGCGCUUCGGCUUGCAUGACAACGCUACUCUGUCGGUGGAGCAGCAGCUCUCGUUGGGACUUGUCGACGCGCUUGUCUUAAUGAACGCCAGCGGAGCUGUGACCGGCGCGACUAGCGCGCAACGUCGGAGCGCCAGCGGAGACCACGGCGAGGAGGACGCCAAGGCAAGCGGCGACGAGGCGAUGGAGAACCCUGUCGCUGCCGUGGCCCGAAAUUUGCUGGCGCAGCUGCCCCCUCUGCUGCCUCGCCAAGAGGCAGUGCUGGGCAGCAUGACCUCGCCCAACCACAGCACCACCACCACGACCGCGGUUAGCGCGGUGGCAGACCCGGCGCCGUUGCAGACCUUGCUUUCCCACGAGACAGACCUGUACAAUUGCCUUCUGUCCACGAUGCAGAGCUCGCUGGCAGAGCUGAUUCGCGCCCUCAAGGGUGAGGUGGUCGUAACGUCGCGGCUGGAGUUGAUGAUGCAGCGGCUGGCCUUCAAUCAAGUGCCGGAGGUGUGGGCACAGGUUGGCUAUCUUACCCUCAAGCCGCUCGGCUCCUUCAUGGAGGAUCUCCUGCGUCGCGUACACUUCAUGCGGCGCUGGGGAGAGGCUGGGCCACCACCGAGCUUCUGGCUCUCCGGCGUCUUCUUUCCUCAAGGCUUCGUCACUGCGUUGUUGCAAGCGCGGAGCCGUGCGCUGCAGGUGCCCAUAGACUCCCUGCAGCUGCGCUUCCGCGCUCUGGCGCCGAGUGAGGCGGCCGAGGUGUCGGCUCUGACGGCUUCGCACGAAGCGGGUACCGGCAGCAAGGCGCCGACCUUGGUCGGCGCCUACGUGAAUGGCCUCUACCUCGAGGGCUGUGGCUGGGAUGCAGCACGCGGUGGGCUCGUGGAGGCCGCGCCCGGUGCCCUCACUGUGGAGCUGCCCAUUAUCCACUUCGAACCUGUCAUGGGGUCGGAGUCGGUCGCCAAGGGCCCCAGCGCGUCCGCAGCGGAAGCCGCUGCCGCAUACGUGUGCCCCCUCUACAAGGUGCGCACACGCGCCGGCACCUUGUCGACGACCGGCGUCUCCACCAACUACGUGACCAGCUUGACGUUGCCGUCGCUCGACGGCGUUCCAGGCGACCACUGGACAUUGCGCGGCGUGGCCGCUCUCUGCGCAUUGGAUAAUUAA